AUGGUACGUCCCCUUAUUCUGACGUCACACAUCUCCGGACACACAGAAACCCGAGAGCAUCCAAACACGGAAAAGGAAAGAUAACUGUCGUCACAUACCGGAAAAUAAUGGAAAACAACACAAACUAUGACCCCGGUAUAGUCAACGGCGCCGAGGAGAACUGCGCCAUUUGCUUGGACAAAGUGCAGGAGAGGAAAACGCUGACGUGCCUCCACUCUUUCUGCUCUGAGUGUAUCAACGCGGUCUUCAAGUCGAAGCCCGCUUGUCCGAUAUGCAACACCUACCACGGAAAGUACACCGGGAACCAGCCGGUCGGCACCAUGAACGUGAUGCGCAGCUGGAUGAGCCUGCCUGGCUUUGACCGCUGCGGAACUAUUGUGAUCCAGUACAGUUUCCCAGCAGGGAUACAAGGGCCUGAGCACCCAAACCCUGGGGUGAGGUACAGCAGCACCUCUCGUACGGCCUAUCUGCCAGACAGCGAAGAGGGCAACAAAGUCCUGAGGCUGCUGACGAAAGCCUUUGAAAGGAAACUCAUCUUCACCGUCGGACGUUCGGUUACCACAGGCCUCAACAAUGUCAUCACCUGGAACGACAUUCAUCACAAAACCAACAUAGACGGUGGCCCACAAAGUUUUGGGUAUCCAGAUCCAGAGUAUUUGUCCAGAGUUCAGGAGGAGCUUCGUCUUAAAGGGGUGACAGAAGAUAACUGAUGGAUGAAGACAAUCAGAAGACAAAUUGAUUUUAAUACUGUGUAUUGUUGCAAAGUUUCUGAUUUCAAGUCUGCGCUUGUUGCAGUCCUUAGGCAGGGAUCUUCAUCACUGACAUUUUGUGAUGUUUUUUGUAUUUUUAUUUGCAAAUGUUAAUGAGAUGAGCUAAGAAAAAACCCCACAAAUUCAGGGAGUAUGACAGUAUGUACACUUUUUACAUAUGCCUGUGUACGUAAACGAUGAAUAACCUGCCUCGUAAUGUGCUCAUCUUAUUUUUUAUUUUCUUUUAUUCUAUCAAGCAAAAAUAAUGUUUAUAUUAAGGUAGGAUUGUUACCAAAGAUUGUUCAACUAACUAUGCAAAAUUACUUAAAACGGCAUUGACAAGUAUUUAGUCCAAAAAGUCAAAGAUUAAAUUAGUGUCAAAUAAUAAAGGGGUCAUUCUACAAAUCAUCAUACAUCAGUAAUGUAAACGUCUGGUACAGCAGACAUACGAAGCAGAACAGGUGAUAAAAGCAGUCUUCAUUUGAUCGGGCAAACUUAUCCUGAGGGCUGAAGUGAGCAGAAGGGCUUACAGGCUGGGCGCUGUAAAAACAACAUAGACUAUCCAACAAAGAGUGAUUAAUCGCUGUAUUUUAUAUACGACGUAUCCUGAUGAUAAUGGAGACACAACUCUGCAAUUUUUAAACAUUGGCUGUAGCUGUUGCACAUUUCUGAAUGUACUUGGAAUGGGUCUGCUGAUAUAUCAUUACUUUUGUAUGUUUCAAGUUCCAACUGCUACAAACCUUCCUUGACAUUGUUCGAUAUAAUACAUUCAGAUUCUGUCCACACAACAGACCAGAGCGUGUAGCAAAAGUUCCGUCCUGUGGUAGAUGAAACAUAAUUAAAAGGCAAUAUCUCUGGUUGUUAAUGGAUUUCGAUGUUUUGUUUUUAAACUGGCCAUAAUGAGUCCAACAGUGUUAUAAGAGUGCAAUGCCUGACCCGUGAACUGCUUUUCACAACCUGGUGCCUACAUUACCCACAAUGCAACUUUGCCACAUCACUGGAGGCAGUUUGUCAGAUUACAUGCGGCUUCCUCUGGAGACACAAAAGGCUUUUUGCUACUUUUUUUUUUUAACAUAAUCAGCAGUGCGUCUCAAGACCUGUGAACACACUUCAAUGUGUAAAAUUGAUGAAGUUACCCUUUAUGUUGAUCCUACACACAGUCGUGCUGCUGUAAAUAUUCACUAAUGCACCAAAUCUGUAGCUACAUAUAGUCCUCAACAAAUAAACUAUGUACACCUGUU